AUGCUGCGGGCCACUGUCAAGCUGUGCUGUGGCAUUGCCCAUGACCACCUCCAUCCCCUGCCUGGCUUGAAGAUCACAGCCGUUGUGGCACUACAGAAGGACGGGAGAGGACUGGUGGGAAGAGGAUCCCAUUGCCUGCCUUCCAAAAUCCCUCUGUAUAUUCAGAGGCUGAUGGGGAAGGAGACAGCCAUGUGCCCAGAGCCCGACAGAGACAUCAGCUCCAGCCGCUUCUCCGGCACAGAUCUCUCCUACAUCGCCCAGGGAGAAAGAGCCCUGCAGCAAGCCCUGAGCAUCCUGCAGCAGCACACCAGCUGGCAGCUAGAAACCAUGCUGGACGCCGGCGCCAUCAUGUCCAGCACCGUGGUCCCUGGGCUGGGCAAGGUGUUCCGGGCGGAGGUGGUCCUGGCUGUGCCGGUGGCACAGCUGCACCAGGAGCUGUUUGAGAGGAUCGAAGAAAUGCCCCAGUGGAACCCGACCCUGAGCCAGGUGAAGGUGCUGCAGCGUGUGGGGACAGACACAUUGGUGACACACGAAGUCACUGCUCCCAGCCCGGGCAAUUUGGUAGGUCAGCGGGACUUUGUCAGUGUGCGGCACCACGGGAGGAGGGACACGGCCAUCUACCUGGUGGGCACUGCCACCUACAUAGAGCCCCUGCCCUCGCCGGAAGGGUGCAUCAGGGCUGAGUCCCAGCUGAGCUGCAUUGCCCUGCAGCCUCUGGCGGGGGACCCUGGCAGGACCCACUUCACCUGGCUCCUUAGCAUGGAUCUGAAG